GAAAGUCAAACUGUUUGCUGCAGACAGACAGCUUCAUCAGUACAUGGAAAGAAUAGCACAGGAGAGUUGUGCCUAAAGGCAAACAGGGGCUUAAAGGCAGCCAUACCAGAGGAUUCUGUGAGGAAGAAAACCAAUGAUGGAUCUGAAAGUAGACAGCAGGAGAGCUAAACUAUUAAGAAUGGAUGACCAGGACAGAGUGAGCCAAGCAUCUAGUGUGGCCACAAUUUCCUACUUUCCUGUCAUGACGGAAAACGAUGGAAAGGUUCAAACGUUUGGGAAGAGAUGUCAGGCUGCCAAAAGAGACCCUAACUGUCCUGUGGUCAUUAGGGGAUGGCUAAACAAAAAAGAUAGCUCUGGUCUGAAGCUUUGGAAGAGAAGAUGGUUUGUGCUCUCAAACUACUGCCUCUAUUACUAUAAAGAUAGCCGAGAAGAGUCGGUGUUGGGCAGCAUCCCUCUACCAAGCUACAAAAUCCUGUUCUGCACACCAAGGGAAUGCAAAAACAGAAAGUUUACAUUCAAGGUGGUGCAUCAGGGCAUGCGCUCCUACUUCUUCAGUGCUGACACUCAGGAGGACAUGUUGGGUUGGGUUCGAGCCCUCAGUCAAUCUGCUGCAAUGGAGUUGGAUGCCACAAUUAAUAGGCGCUGCUCGAGUUAUCAGGAUUUUACCUUGAUCAGUGCCAGCACAGAAUCUGUAGAUUUUCCCAAAUCUCCCUCAGAUGAACUGAGUCCCUCUCAAAAACACAAGCAUGUCAGCAGAACCCUGAGUGAACCGAGCCACCUCGGUGGAAGAGUGGGGAGGUCACACUCGGAGCAGAGGGGCAGGCGGAACAUCCAUCACAGAAACAGAAGGUUGGUAAAGCGGAUGACAAAUCAUCCACUUCAAAGCAAAAGAAGUUUGCUUUCAAUUUUCAUAUUUUGGUUUUUCCACAGCCCUUCAAACCGAACACCAAGCCCUACAGUUUCAAGCAGAAGAGCUGCAGGUCCAAACAUGGAGGAGGAUUCUCCUCCUGAUGAAAACACAGCAAUGCCAACAGAAAUCAGUGGAGCAAAUUCUUUAACAUCAAGAGGACAGCUGGGGUCACGACCUCAUACGCCCAUGGGACGCGUUGACAUUCGCCCCCGUGAUGACCCAGUUAUUGUGCAGCAGACCCUGUACUAUGCACCUGCCUCACCAAAGCCAGAAUACAAAUCUGCACCAACCACUCCAGUCACUGAAAGGUGGCAAACCAAGCCUGCACCCAUAUACGGGGCUGUCCACCAUGCAGCUAGUGGACGAAGGCCUCUGGGCAAGAGCCUCUCUACUGGUGCAGACUUACUGCCCCCUUUACCCCCCUCAUCACGAGCUGCACAUGCUCUUCACCCACAACAACACCACCAGCGCAGCUUCGUAUCUGCUUGUAUGCUACCGGCAGCUAUGGCCUCAAAUCCGGACCCGAGGGAACUGCUUCCAAUCCGUCCACUUGAAAGCGAUGCAGAUGCUGUGCUGACAAGGCUGUGUGGGUGCGACAAGCUGUUACAGUCUCUUUCCGGAGAACUGGCUCAGCUACAAAUUGAUAAGGACAGUGUCCAGUGUGCGUUGGAAGUUUCUCGACUUCAGGUGGAAGACUGGAAGAACCAGGGGCCACGGGCACUUGAAGAAGUUCUGACCCAGAAAGCUUUGCUACAGGAUGAGCUGGUCACGAUCCGGGCGAGAAUGUGUGAUGUGUCACUGGAAAUGGAGAGGGUGUGGAGUCAGUAUGAGAGAAUGGAAAGUGAACUGUCUGUUAUCCGUUCACACCUGCAGCACAUCUGUAAUUUUGGAAUGCCACAGGAGCAAUCUCAGGCUCAGAGGGAACUGUGGAUGAUGGAGGACAUCCUUGAUGGAUUAAGAGUCAACAGAGAUCACAUUUGUUUCCUGCUGAGAGUACAGAGACAUCACACAUUCCAAUCUUUGGCUCCACAUCCUGGAUCUCCUGGAUCUCCCAUGGAAAGGCCACAUAGCUCACUGGACAUGGACCACGAGCCACCAGUCCGACCGCCCUUACCUCUGGAGCUGCAGGAGAACCAUCAGGGCUUUGGGUGGACAGAGUCCCCAUAUGAGGGAAUAUAUAGCCUUGCUGCUGAUCCUGUGAACAGAAUAGGAAACAGCCAGCCUGAUCUUCUUAAUGUGAAAGCACAAAGAGACAUAUCUGAUUCCCAAUUUACAUCGAAAAGGAUCCCACCAGACACAAGCAACCAAUCAACCAAGAAGACAAACCUAAAGAUGAGUGAAGAGGAGCAGAUUGAGAGGAUGGAAAGGAAUAAGGAGAGGGUAACAAAUAAACCUCCACUCCCUAAUCAGAGUAUACAAAGUCAAAGUUCACAAGCAAACGGGGAGCCCCCCUUCCCCCUAAGGGUGACAAGAGUUGUUACAGCUGUUUUACCUUCAUCUCUUGUGGCGAGACGAGUUUCUGUGGAGGACCCUCCAGCUGAGCUCCAUACUUCACUGCCUGAGCAGAUCCCACCUGAAAUGCAGAAGAAACUACCCGAGCAGAGCAAAAAACUCCUGGACAAACCAUCACGACAAUUGUUGCUGGAGGGACUGGAUCCCAUCAGACCCUCAGAUGAGACGCAACAAGGACACCCUGUUAGAAAGACAAGCAGAAAGCAACCACAAGGAGGAUCCAGGGGAUUCAAGAUGGAGUCACUUUUGGAAAUGAGCAAAGCUGAGGGAAUUGAAGCUUCAAGUACUCAAACCCAAGACCUAAGAGGUUUAGAAGAAAAGGUUUUGAAUGUAAGGGCAGAGGAGCUACCUUCUGCCCCAACGACGCACAACAUGGAUCCCAACUUUAAUCUGAACCCUGAACAGAGAGAUGCUAAACUUCGACGUGUAGAAAGAAUCAGAGAAAGAGUCAUGAGGAGCCAGGGAGAAGGCCACAACAGACGAUCAACACUCAACCAGGAGACAGGAGAAGGGGCUUCUCCAGGUUCUCCCUGACAAAUCCAAACUGCAAACGAAAGCAGAACACAAAGGACUUAGAAGCAGCGAUGAGAAUUCAAGCCUUUGUGAGGAAGUUCAGUUCCUUGAUGCAAAAUCUCAAGAUAAUGAUAAGGAGCACCAAGAGGUUAACAAUUCUGGGAACAGAACACAGCGCAGUGGGAAAAAAGGGGUUGCCAAGA